CACUGCGCUCUGUCACAUGCUACAAAUUUACUGGUUGUUUUACACUUCAGAGAUGCUAUUUCAAAAUAUUCUGUUAGAACUUCCAUGAGGAAUGACAUAACAUACGUAGGGGCAUCUCCAGGACUUUUCCAGUGAAAAGGUGAACAAUUGUUUGAGAAUAAGAUUUUUACCCUUUCCAUGGAUACCGCCACAUCUGGAAUUGCUAUGGAUGAUGAAUAUGAGAUAAACAAAUAUGCUUAUGGCACUGAGGAUUAUACUGAAGACACAUUGAAUGUUAUCCACAAUAAUGACCAAAGCAAAGAUAGUAGCCUAGCUGUCUGGAUCGCUCCUACUCUACUCUACAUGGUUGUCUGGUUUUUGGGUGUCAUUGGAAACGGCCUGGUCAUUGGUAUAAUUGCAUUUAAGAUGAAGAAAUCUGUGAACACUAUCUGGCUUUUUAAUCUGGCCUUGGCUGACUUUAUGUUCACAUUUUUCCUACCCCUGACUGUGGUUUAUACAGCUAUGGAUCACCACUGGAUAUUUGGAAGGGCCGUGUGUAAACUGAACUCUUUCAUUUUGGCAUUGAACAUGUUCACCAGUGUCCUUCUGCUGACCAUUAUUAGUCUGGAUCGUUGCAUAUCUGUUGUUCUUCCUGUUUGGUCACAAAACCAUCGUUCCACUAGGCUUGCCAGCUUUAUGUCUGCAGUCGCAUGGUUUAUUGGAUUUUUUCUAAGCUCACCUUCUUUUGUUUUCCGUGAUACUAAAUUUGAAAAUAACAAAGUAAUCUGUUUCAACAAUUAUUCAAUGUUUGGUAAAAUAGAUUUUCAUGAAACACACACAGUGAUGGUGGCAAUACGAUUUAUUUUUGGGUAUAUAAUCCCGCUCAUCAUAAUAACAUUGAGUUAUGUUACAAUUGUCUUCAAACUCAAGAAAAACAAGAUAGCAAAAUCCAAAAAACCCUUUAAGAUCAUAUGUACAAUUAUUGUGGCGUUCUUCAUUUGCUGGUCACCGUUCCACAUUCUGCAUGUAUUCGAGCUAUACCACCACGCUUUCUCACACUAUUUAUUCAAGAUUGGCUUGCCUAUUGCCACUGCUUUUGCUAUUGCCAACAGUUGUGUAAAUCCUAUUGUGUAUGUUAUUAUGGGCCAGGAUUUCAAGAAGUUUAAGAUGAGUAUUCUAUCAAGACUUGACAAUGCAAUAAGUGAGGAUACAGUGCACACACGUCUCAGCCACAGGAGCUUCACACAGCGAUCUUCCGUUACAGAAAAGGACUCAACUGCAAUAUAAUAUUUUCAAAACUCAAUAAAAAUAACAUUUCAAAAAACAAAAACAAAAUUAGUAAUAGAUGCUUAGAAACAGCUACUGACAAAUGAUACAAGGACAUGAACAGUAACUCACUUACUGCAUUAAGCACAUAUUUAAAUCAUAAAAAAUGAUUUGUUCUCUUUUUUUUACCACCAAUAUACCAAGAAUAUUUUAUAUGUUACUAUGCUGUUAUUUUUAAAAGAAAUGCAUAUAAAAUGUAUUUGUUUUACAAGUUCA